AUGAUUCUCAAACACAAGAUGGCCGAUGGAUCUUAUCAGCAAAAAUAUAAAAUGCAGAUAGAUCAGAUGGAAGUACGUAUUAUCCAGCGAAACUGUGCAGCGCGAUCUAGAGACAAUUGUAAUCAUCAUCGGAACGGUCAAAUGAUUGAAGAUAUGAUGAAGUUCUCACUUUUGCUUCUUGCAUUAUUGACAGUCACGUCAGGGGAGAUGAUACAGGAUCUGACUCAAGGUAUUUUAGUAGAAGACAAUUGGAGUGGUGAAGGUCAAACUGUUUUGAUGACUGCUGCUAAAAAUUCUGAACCGGAUGUGAUGGCGUCGUUGUUGCUGAACGGAAGCGAUCCAACAACCAAAGACAGAUCCGGUAGGACGGCGCUUCACUACGCCGCUAAAGGAGGCUGUGUCAAGUGUGUAACGAUUUUGUCCGACGCCGGAGCCAAUUUAGACGAUAAAGAUUAUAACGGAUACACACCAGCUUUUAUCGCUGCUGUAGAUAACAAGGUGACUGUACUGCGAGAGCUGAUAGAGCGAGAGGCCAACCUCACUCUGAAGAACUACAAUGGCCCCUGGAUAAUGCACGUGGCGGCCUACAGAGGUCAUGUCCGAGUCGUAUCCAUGCUCAUCGACGCUAACCUCACGUUGGAUGUGGAAGAUCAUUAUAAUCAGAAUAAAUUGACCGCUCUACAUUAUGCAGCAUUGGGAGGGCACAGUUCUGUGGUGGCGAUACUGUUGGAUCACUCGGCAGACCCGAAAGCUACGGUAUUAGGAGGUUGGACACCAUUAAUGCUUGCAUCUUCAUAUGGCCAUUUGAAUGUGGCGAAGGUUCUGAUAGAUCGAGGAGCACCUCUUAAUGAUAUAAAUAAUCGAAGAGAGACUGCCCUCUAUUGUGCAGCAACUGGAGGACAUGCGGUUGUGGUAGCAUUCCUGAUAGAUCGAGGGGCAGAUCUAAAAACUAAGACAGUCAGUGGAUCAACGCCUCUGAUAGCAGCAUCGUCCGGUGGCUAUUUGGACGUGGUGGAGAUGCUUAUUGACCGGGGAGCAUCCCUGAAUGAUAUUGAUAAUUACGGAUCUACUGCAGCAUAUCAUGCUGUAGCGAAUGGCUACAUUUCUGUGGUGACGAUGCUUUUGAAUCGAGGGGCAGACCAACGAGUCAAGAGUCGACUUGGCAGGACACUACUGAUGAAAGCAUGCGCUAAUGGUCGAUUGGGCAUCGUGAAGCUUCUCAUAGAUCGAGGAGCGUCUCUUGAUGACAAGGAUAAUUACGGCUGGACUGCGUUAUCCCAUGCAGCAAAUGGAGGACACGCUCCUGUAGUUGCAAUGCUGUUGGAUCAAGGAGCAGACCUUAAAGUCAAGACCGUACAUGGUGUAACACCUCUUAUGUUUGCUUCUGCUAAUGGCCGAUUGGAUGUAGCAAAGCUUUUGGUUGACCGAGGAGCUUCUGUUAAUGAUAGGGAUAGUAAUGGAAAGACUGCCUUAGGUUGGACUGUGAUUAGCUCAGAUGAAGAAAGUAAGAAUGACGUAGUAGAUUACUUACGAUCGAAAGGUGCUCUGUAUUGA